AUGUCCGAACUACGAUUUGAUAACCAGACUGUCGUCGUCACCGGCGCUGGCGGUGGUCUGGGGAAAGCAUACGCUCUCUUCUUCGCUUCAAGGGGCGCCAACGUCGUGGUCAACGACCUCGGUGGUUCUCACAAGGGUGAGGGCAAGUCAGGCAAGGUAUGUACAGCAGCCCCAAUCUCAGACGGCCAGAGACUAACCGUACCAAAGGCCGCAGAUGAUGUCGUCGAGGAGAUCCGUGCCGGCGGCGGCAAGGCCGUUGCCAACUACGACAGCGUCGAGAACGGUGAAGCUAUCAUCGAAACCGCCAUCAAGGCGUUCGGCCGCAUCGAUAUUCUGCUCAACAACGCCGGUAUCCUGCGCGAUAUCAGCUUUAAGAACAUGAAGGAUGCCGACUGGGAUUUAAUCAACAGAGUUCACACCUACGGUGCAUACAAGUGCGCCAGAGCCGCUUGGCCUCACUUCCGCAAACAAAAAUUCGGCCGCGUGAUCAACACCGCCUCCGCCGCCGGUCUCUUCGGCAGCUUCGGUCAGGCCAACUACUCGGCGGCCAAGCUUGGUCAGGUCGGUUUCACCGAGACUCUGGCCAAGGAGGGUGCCAAAUACAACAUUAUUGCCAACCCCGACUGGGUCGUUCCUCUGGUGGCUGCUCUUGUGCACUCCUCAAACACCACCGAGACUGGUGGUAUCUACGAGGUUGGUGGUGGCCACGUUGCGAAGCUCCGCUGGGAGCGAGCCAAGGGUGGUCUUCUCAAGACCGACGACUCUCUGACUCCUGGUGCGAUCGCCCGCAAGUGGAACGAUGUCAACGACUUCUCCAAGCCCGAGUACCCCACGGGUCCGGCAGACUUCAUGGCUUACCUGGAGGACGGCCUCAAGAUGCCCAGCGCACCCGCUGGCGAGGAGCCUGACUUCAAGGGCCGUGUGGCUCUGGUCACCGGUGGUGGUGCCGGCCUUGGUCGCGCCUACUGCUUGCAGUUCGCCAAGCUUGGUGCCAAGGUCGUUGUGAACGACCUCGUUGACCCCGAGCCUGUUGUCCAGGAGAUCAAGAAGCUCGGCGGAGAGGCCGUCGGCAACAAGGCCAACUGCGAGGACGGUGAUGCCGUCGUCAAGAGUGCCAUCGAUGCCUUCGGCCGCAUCGAUAUCCUUGUCAACAACGCUGGUAUCCUCCGCGACAAGGCUUUCACCAACAUGGAUGACAACCUGUGGAACUCCGUUGUCAAUGUCCACCUGCGUGGUACUUACAAGGUGACCAAGGCUGCCUGGCCCUACUUCCUCAAGCAGAAGUACGGCCGUGUUGUCAACACUGCUUCCACCAGUGGUAUCUACGGUAACUUCGGCCAGGCUAACUACGCCGCCGCCAAGCUUGGUAUCUUGGGUCUCUCCCGCACUCUCGCCAUGGAGGGCGCCAAGUACAACAUCAAGGUCAACACCAUCGCCCCUAACGCUGGUACCAACAUGACCCGUACCAUCAUGCCCGAGGAGAUGGUUCAGGCAUUCAAGCCUGAUUACGUUGCUCCUCUGGUCGUUUUGCUGUGCUCCGACAUGGCCCCUGAGCCUUCCACCAAGGGCCUGUUCGAGUGCGGUAGCGUGGUCCGCAACUGGAAGCAAAUCGUCAACUUUGACGAUGGCCGCGCUGACCACCCCGAGGACGGCCAAGCUGGUGCCGAGAAGAUCAUGGCCAACAUGUCUAACCGUGUGCACGGCGAGCCCGCUGGCGAGAACGAGACCCUGAAGUACAUCGAGAAGGCCAAGACUUUGUCUACCGAGGGCACCACCUUCAACUACGAGGACCGCGAUGUCAUUCUGUACAACCUCAGCUUGGGUGCCAAGCGCACCGACCUACCCCUGGUCUACGAGAACAACGACCACUUCCAGGCUCUCCCCUCGUACGGUGUUGUUCCCUGGUUCAACACCGCUGUCCCUUGGAACAUGGACGAGCUGGUGAAGAACUUCUCCCCCAUGAUGCUGCUUCACGGCGAGCAAUACAUGGAGGUUCGCAAGUUCCCCAUCCCCACCACCGCCAACACCCUGACCUACCCCAAGCUCAUUGACGUUGUCGACAAGGGCAACGCCGCCAUCGUCAUUGCUGGCUACACCACCAAGGACGCCAAGACCGGCGAGGACCUGUUCUACAACGAGUCCACCAUCUUCAUCCGCGGCAGCGGUGGCUUCGGCGGCUCCCCCAAGCCCACUGUUCCCCGUGCCAAGGCUGCUAUCGCCGCCAACAAGGCCCCUCAGCGCGCCCCCGACGCUGUCACCGAGGAGAAGACCUCCGAGGACCAGGCCGCUCUCUACCGUCUCAACGGUGACCGCAACCCCCUUCACAUCGACCCCGAGUUCAGCAAGGUCGGCGGCUUCAAGACCCCCAUCCUUCACGGUCUUUGCUCGCUCGGUGUGGCCUCCAAGCACAUCUUCGCCAAGUACGGAGCCUACAAGAACCUCAAGGUUCGCUUCGCCGGCGUGGUUCUCCCCGGUCAGACUCUCAAGACCGAGAUGUGGAAGGAGGGCAACAAGGUCCUGUUCCAGGCCACCGUUGUCGAGACCGGCAAGCCUGCCAUCUCUGGCGCCGGUGCUGAGCUCCUUGAGGGCGCCAAGGCUAAGCUGUAA